AUGUUUGACUUCAUCUUUUCCUGCCUCGUGGGCACCGGCGUCGGCACCUACAAGAAGGAUGCGCUGGAACCGUGCCUGUCCAAGACCUUCAAGGCCAUCGUGGCAGGCAUCAAGAAGGCGACGCUGGUCCCGCCCGGCUGCUCCUUUUACGCCCUGUCGCUCGGAGGCGGUGUCGAGUAUGGCCCAGAAUGGCCGCAGCGUCGUCCCUCGGAUCAUUUCCCAAGGACCUUCCACGCUGGGCAGAAUUCGGUGCGAAGCCAUGUUCGAAUGAUAAGCGGCAGGGGCAGGUGGAAAUAUCAACUAUGGAGUGAUGUCCACGUCAUGCUCCAGUGA